UCUUAAUUCACCAUUUAUACAAGUUAAAAUAACAACAUUGCUAAGUUGAUAACUUUGUCAAGAUAAAUCUACAAUUUUGACUCACACCCAAUAGUGCUGAAAAAUGUGUGAUACUGGAAAACAUCUGGCAACUUUCUGAGAAAAAUUCUUUUUUCACUCCCACCCCUCCCAUAAAAAGAGGAAGAAGAAGAAGAAGAAGGAAACAAAGAUCGUACUUUAAUCUUCCAACAUGCACGCUUGAAAUGGGGCAUCAACAAUUUUUUUUCUUGUGUGCUACAAGAAGCCCUUCAACUUUAAUAUAAUAUGCAGUAUCCAUGAAUAUGCAAAUUAUCCCCGCCUCCACUCACGCCAGCUCAGAGAUCCACUCAAAUUACUGAGAAAGGUUUCUGAUCCAUUAUAGAAGACUCAAGACAUUUGGAGAAUAAUGCGGAGAUGGCUGUUUCCUCUGAGCUUCCAGUGAACAUCAAUGACUGGAAUAAAGACCACGUGAGACAAUGGAUGCUUGAUAUAAAAGUGGACAAAGAAGAUGCAGAGAUUUUGUACAACCAGAGAAUUAAUGGAGCUGGUCUUCUUCUCUUGGAUGAGACGGAUCUCUCUUGCAUUCAAAGCCUAUCACUGAAUGCUAAAAAACUAAUUAUUCACAACAUAGGUCUUCUGAAACAAAAGACUCAGCAGCAGAACGAUGUGGUGACUCAGUCUUAUAGCUUGAAGCCUUACCCUUUCAAUAGAUUUAAUGCUGCUCACCGGUACAGAGAAAACAGCAAUCUAGAUGUAACUGAAACUGGUCCUAUAGACCUUAUACAACCAUGUCAUGAAUUCAAAGCAUUCACCAACACAACAGAAGAGAACAGAAUAAAAAAAUUCACUUAUGAGGUGAUUCGAUUUGCAGCAGCUUGUAUGAACAGCCGCACAAAUGGCACUAUUCAUUUUGGAGUGGCAGACAAACCACAUGGACAAAUUCUGGGUAUUAAUGUUCAGAGCACAGAUGUUUUUGAUAGUCAACAGUCACAUGCAAUUGAAAAACAUUUCAAAUCGGAAAGGUUUGUUAAAAUGGCAAAGAGGUGUAUAAAACCCCCUCGCUUUGUUGAAGUUCUCAAAGCUGACAUGACAUCUGCAGGAAAACGUGUUAUUGAGGUAGACAUAGAGCCGUCCUCCAUAGUCUGUGAAGAAUUUCACUUUAACACUUAUAAUGUUGAUAAAAAUGAAGGCGAGAUGCAAGAGCCCAAUGGUGCUGAGAAGAAGCAGAAUGAUAGCAAGUCUUUCUUUAUAAGAGACGGCAGCAGCAGCAAGAAUCUUAUUACAUCUGCUUCCUCAAAGGAGUAUGAGAAGUAUACUGCAACUGCAAACAUGCAUCGUUUGUCCCAGUUGAGGAAGGACGCUGAAGAAAAGCAUCUCUCUGUUGUCAAAAACAGCGUUCAAGGCUCAAAAUUGUGUGAGAUGAUAACAGGAGGGACCCAAUCUUUGGACAGAUCACACUUUGAAUGGAACAUUUUGGUGGUUAACAAGUCUCAUCCUGUUCAGCUGGAAAACCUGGAUUUCCUUGUUCACAUGAAUCUAGUGGCUGUUCUGGAUUUUGAUCCAGAAUCUGCUGAGAACGGCUUGAAUAAGAUACUUGAAGAAAGAAAAAUGACCAGUGUUCAUUUACCAGCUCAGUAUAAAGUUACAGGUGCAGUUGAAGACAUUUUAAACAAGUUAAAGCUGACCAAAAACACAAGCUGGGUUUUCUGUAAUGGAGGCAUUCAUGAGGAAAACCCAUCUGAUGCUGAUCACUGGUUGACUGAGAAGGGAUCUUCAGUGCGUGAUGUUGUUUCUUUCCUGUGCAGAAGAGACGUGCUGCCUCGCAAAAAGCUUCUCACCAUAUUCUUGCUGUUAAGUCAGGUGAGCGACGCCAACGACCCUUUGCUUGAGACCUUCAGUAUGUUUUUACAGGAGCUCAAAGGAGGAAAUCAAAUCUUAUGCAUCAGUGACAAUGAAACAACAUACACCUACUGGAAGGAUCUCAUUAAGGGCCGAUAUAAAGUUGACAUCUCUAAAAGAUGCAUUUAUGAACUAAGUUUUGCUGAGGUCAAUGGCACCAUCCUCAGUUUGUGGUCAGAGAAUCGCAAAUCAAGCAGGUUUCUGCCUUGUGGUGGAGGCAGUAAUGUUGUACUAUCAAAGAAAACUGAGGAAUCCUUAGAAACACUGAGUGUCCUUUGUGUGAACCAGUGUGAUGGAGGAAAUGAGGACAAACAACAUCAUGAGGAGAACUUUUACAAGGGAGGAAAGGUGUCUUGGUGGAACUUCUACUUCUCAGAACAGCCCGGAUCAAUGCCAUUCAUCAAACGUGACAAGUUCGACUAUAUAGUCAACACUAUUAUUCCAGACAUAUGCAGCCGGAAGAGAGCUUGUGAGUUUUUCAACAUCUUCCAUCUUCCAGGCUGUGGUGGCACGACAUUAGCCAUGCAUGUCUUAUGGACACUGAAGGAUAAAUUUCGUUGUGCAGUGAUGAAGGACACUACAGAUGAUUAUUCUACUGUAGCAGAACAGGUUGUGCAGCUUCUAACAUAUGAGACAAAAGAGCAACCUACACGACUUCCCGUUUUGCUCAUGAUCGAUGACUUUCAAGAUAUUUGCGAUGUAAAAAAACUCCAACUUCAAAUUGAAGAGGAAUGUUUGAAGCAAAACAUUUUUUCAAAGUCUCCACAGGUCAUAAUUGUCAACUGCAUGCGAGCUGAAUCCUGUGAACAGGCUGAUGAUACAGUUUUCAUUGGAAACCGUUUAUCUGAGAAGGAACAGAAACUGUUUGAAGAAAAGCUAAAGGAGUUUGAGAAAACCAACACAAACACUAAAACAUUUUAUGGGUUCAUGAUUCUGAAGAACAACUUUUCAUCUGACUAUAUUCAAGGUGUUGUGAAAAAUACCCUCAAGGGCUUCAACUUCCAAGACAAACAUUCUCAACUUUUUGCAGUUCUUGUCCUCCUGCAUGUCUACUGCAAGAAUGCAUUGCUGUCAGCCUCUACAUGUGAAGAGUUCCUUGGUCUGCAAACAAAACCAAACUUUGAAGUCGAAGAUGGAUUUGAGAAGUUUUCCACUCUUUUAACAAGAUGCAUAGCUUAUUCCAACAUUACCUUUGAAGGUGUGAGGGUGAUUCACUCGAGUAUAGCUCAACACUGUUUGAAACAGCUGUUAACUUUGUCAUACAAAGUGUCAAAGGCAGAAAUCACUAACCUUCUUCUCACAACAGACUUAUUUUAUGAGUACACUCUGGGGAAACAAAAAUUAAUGCAGGAUGUUCACAACAUGUUGGUGAAGAGGCAGUAUUCAGCUAAGGCUGAAGACUCACUUUUUUCACCUCUUAUCCAACAUAUAAUGAAGGAGACUCCAGGGAUGGAAGAAAUUGUUCUACACAAUGCAGCAAAGCGCUACAGUAAGGAUGCAGUAAUAUUUCAGCUCCUCGCCAGGUACUACAUCAAAAAACAGGACUUUACAAAGGCCAUGAGUUGGGCAAAGAAGGCCAAAGGCCAUUCAAAGGACAACUCAUACAUAUGUGAUACAGUAUCACAGGUACUUGUACGUGGGCUCAAGCAUGUUGUUCACAAAGACAGAGAUGAUCCCAUCAAGCCAGAGAGUCUUGAUGGAUAUCUUACAUUGGCUGAGUCUGCAGCAGAAGCUUGCAAAGAAACACAACAAACUGCAAACAAGGAGGCCGUAUCUCGAUUGCAAAGACUAAAGGAUUACAAUACUUACAACACUGCUGGCCAUCUCGGUGAACUUCAAACUGCAGCUACUGUCAUACAAAUACUGCAGAAGACACCACUGUUAAACUGCCUUGGUCAAGUCCUCUUGGGUAAAAUUACCAUUGAAGAAUUGUCAAGGAAGCACUCUGAACUAAUGCAAUAUUGUGAUGUAUUGCAGAAACACAAUAAAUAUCUUCUUCAACUAAAACACACAAUGAAGGAUCAUUUUGAUUUUCUUGACAACUUUUUUGUCAAUUUAGUACCCUUUUUUGCAGAGAAAGACAAACAAAAAGAACUGACAAAGCCCAAGGUUUCCAGGUACUUUCAACAGUACACUGAACUCUUUUGUAAAAUAAAUUGGAGUGAGCUGGUCAACAAUGAGAGCAUGAACCGCAUGGUUAAAAUUGAUCAAACGCGCCAAUGUCUGGAGAGGAACAAGGGUGAUUCCUAUUCCAGCCUUCUGGAAUAUUUGUAUGAGAAAGACUCUGCAUCAUCUCUUGAAGAGAUCAUCCGGCAGUAUCAUUUCAUUCUGAAGUCAAAAGAAGCCAGACUGAUGGACAUUGUGAACUUCGUCUACGCCAAUGUAAUUCUGGCCAACAUCAACCCUACAUCUCAGUACAUCAUGCCUUACCAAGACCUUCGUGAAUUACUCCUUCGAAUAAUUGAUCGCCCCAUACCCUUCAGUGAGAUUCUGCCAUUGCACUACAUCACAGUUUUAUUGUUAUGGCAUGAGAACUGUGCAUUACCAACUUCACAAAUGAAGACGUCAUACUCAACUAAGCUGAAACCUGUGUCUAAUGGAAAGAGAGCAGCUGUUCAUUUUUACCUAGGGAAGGACAAAGGUUAUGGUGGCCUGUUUUCCCACAGGGAUAUUAACAGCUGGUUAAGAUCAGGGCAGGACAUCUCAACUCAUUGGGAUGAUGAAAAAAUAUGGAAGAAAGUGAGAGACAGUAAUAAACUUCACAGAGUUUCUGGUAAAAUUUGUGACGGUUUUAUCAGCAUUGCAGACAGAAGGGUUGAUCCAUUGUUCAGAAGCCAGUUACAUAACGAAUAUGGCACAAGAGUGACAUUCUUCAUCGGAUUCUCAAUGAAUGGACCAGUUGCAUUUGAUAUAGACUUUGAUUCAUAAGGUUCACAAGCCUGAUCUAAUGGAUCUGACUGACGACAUGAGAAUCAUGAAUGAGAAAACUUUCUAGAUUUCCAGUUCAAAACAUUAGGACUGGGUCAAAGGAGCUCAUGCACAUGGUUCCUUGACAUUAUUUAGAUUUGCUUCAUUAUCAUAUUCACACAUCAGUACAAAGUAAUCUUUUAAUCACAAUUUGUUUUUUAGCAGAAAUGCCUAAUAGUGUUUAAUGUGAAUUUUGUAAAAGUAAUGUAGUGAUUUUGUUAAGUGAGAGGGGACUGAGAGUGGCCAAUGCUGCAUUGACUACCUGAGAGCACAUUUCUCUUUUUUUUAUAUACAUUUUACAUACAUCUUACUACAUUUUGCUCAUUCAUUGAUAUAUUCCUUUAUAUUUACUCAUUUAUAUUCUUAAUAUUUGGCUUACUUCAUUUUACUUUAAUUUACACUCUAAGAAAAUUCUGUAAAACAAACGGCCAAUUAAUGCAGCAUGUUAAUAUGAAGAGAUUUUCCAUAUUGUUUUUUUUUUUUCACAGGUGUUUUACAUGUAUUUUUAAUAAUACCUUGCAUUGUGUUGUGUUUUAGGCUUGAAGGAAAUGUCUGUACACUUAGAAGAUGUACUGGUUAUUUUCUGCCAUGACAUUAUCUGUUUGUUUGUUUUUUUUGUUUUUUUUUACUGAUUUUUUGUUCUUACAGUGUACAUUUAUUUCUUGACAAAUAUUGCUUUUGCUGCAUAACCAUGUCUUCAUUCAAGGUCUUUAUGGUGAGAAGUCACUGUUAAGAACUAGUACAUUUCCAUUCCCUUUGCUUGUGAUCAUAGCACUUUUAAAUAUAUUUCUGUAAAGGCCAAGAGUUAUGCAAUAAACUUGUCUGGAUAUGUGAA